AUGGAUUUAUCUGUAACACGAUCAUCAUCAAAACUAUCUCCGUCAUUAAAACGUGCAUAUGAAGAAUCAGUUAGUGCAAGAACAUCACAAAUUUUCGAUAUUCAACAUUUCCAACAAAUUCUUAAUAAUGCACAUGUGUGUUCCGAUGGAGGACGUUUAGAGUUUAUACCAGAUGUGUCACCACCAGUUGGAUUAUUUCACCAAAACAUUUUUCGUUGCACAAAAUGUUUGAAAGAAACAUCCAUAACAAAUUUUCCACCAAUACAUCCAAUUGAAUCAAAACAACAAGAACCUAACAAACGUUUAUGCAUCGCUGCCGCUACCACUGGAAUUGGUUACGAUGCAACAAAUGCAAUUAUGUCAUCAUUAUGUCUAUCGAUAACAGCAAAAACAGCAUUUUUACAACAACUCCAUAAACAGUAUGACGCAUUAAAUGAUUUUGCACAAAAACAUUUUCAAACAAUUAUUGAUGAUAUAAAAUUUAAAAACAACAAACAGGAUAAAAUAAUAGAUAUCACUGUUUCAUUAGAUGGUACAUGGAAGCGUCGAGGUCAUAUUUCCAAUUAUGGAAUCGUAUUUUUGAUUGAUGUGCAGUCUGGAUAUUGCAUCGACUAUGAAGUAAUGUCUUUAUAUUGUGAAGUAUGUCAAAUGAAAAAGCCAAAAUUACGUAAUGAACAAUUCGAUAAAUGGUAUAAAAAACAUCAAAAAUUUUGUUAUAAAAAUUAUGAUGGAACAUCAAAAUCAAUGGAAAAAGAAGGUGCAGUUAGAUUGUUUCAGCGUUCAUUAGGUAAUGGUCUUCGAUACAAAUACAUGGUAUGUGAUGGUGAUGCUUCUGCAUAUAAAGCAAUAAAAAACCAUUAUAUUGAGAGACAAAAACAAAAGGAUGCACAGGUUGAGGAUGAGAGCGAAUCAAUGGAAGAAGGAACAGAUGAUGAGGAAGAACAAGAAGAAGAAUCAGGUGAUGAUGAUACAUCUUCAACAACAAGUAAUGACGAAUCAGGUGAUGAUGAUACAUCAACAACAAGUAAUGAAGAAUCAGAUGAUGAUGAUACAUCAACAACAAGUAAUGAAGAAUCAGGUGAUGAUGAUACAUCAACAACAAGUAACGAAGAAAAAAAAGUCGAGGAUGAUAAUCGGACAGAUGACAACAACAGUAGCGAUAAUCAAUCAAUGAGUGAAGACAACGACGAUGAACAUGAACAUUCUGAAUCUGCUCUUGAAAAAUUUCAAGAUUUAUUAGUUAUAAAAGAAGAUUGCAUUAAUCAUGUUGGUAAACGUGUGAUGAAGUAUUUAUUAAAAUUAAAAAAAGAAAAAACUCGUCAAGUUCCAAUAUCAACAUCAACCACAAAAGCUGCAUCGUCAUCAUUAUCUAAGAAACAACCAGCAACACAACAUCAGUUAUUAGAUGAUAAUCAAAAAUGGGGUGGUAAAGUCGGUAGAAUGACAGAUUGUAUGAUGAAAAAAUUAUCGAGUGGUUAUGGCCUUGCCAUAAGACAAGCUAGUACAUUGGCUGCUGGUAAAGAAGUAAAAGAAGCAUUGGAUGUUAUGCAACAAUACUGUCGAGCAGCAUUUUAUCACUAUAUGAAGACGGAUAAUCAUGAUGAAGAAGAGCAACAUAAAUUCUGUCCAAAAACAAAAAUGACAUGGUGUACAUAUCAUAAUGACAAGUUGUUAACGUCAAUCGAGAAUGAUAAUAAAACAAAAAAGAAGAAACGCCAAAUAUAUCUUGAUCCAAUUUUCCGUCAUAUUUUACAGCCAAUGAUUGAUACACUUACAUCAAGAGAAUUGUUACGUCGUUGUUUACGCGCAGUAACACAAAACUCAAAUGAAUCAUUAAACUCCAUUGUGUGGGCAAUUUUGAGCAAAUCCAAGCAUCAUGGUUUCCGUGCUGUACGAGGCAGUGCUGCUCUUGCAGCAAUAUUCUUUAAUCAUGGCCGUAGUUCAUUGGUUCAGUUUUAUAAACAAUCCGGAAUUGAUGUUAAUGUGAAAUUAUUUGAAUAUCUGUUAGCAAAAGACAAUAAACGUAUAUCGAAAUCACAAAAAGUAUCUGAACAACGACAGAAACACAUACAUCGAAAAGCUAUGAAUAGAAAACGGUCAAUGAAAGCACAAAUGGAUACCCACGAUUAUGCUUCUGGCGGUUUUAAUUUGUAA